AUGUCCGACCCCAGCGGAAUUUCUCUCGACGGUGGCGACCAUCACACCGAGCAAAAUGACCCCCAACAAGAUGAUGAAAGUGCCGAAAUGGCUAGAUUAAUGGGCUUCUCCUCCUUCACCACCACCGCUCGCACUCGCCGGCCCCGUUCCUCCUCCAUCUCUGAUGAACACCCACCAAGCAAGAGAUCCCGGUCAGAUGAAGAAUCAGCACACCCCCAAGUGCCCGACGGCACCCACCCCGCACCAUCCCCUAGGGGCGGUCCAACCCGAGCUUCCUGCUCGUCCAUCAUCGUCACGACCGAUACUGAUGUUGACAUCUCACCAUCCCCAACAGGCCAAGGGUCCGAUCCUUUCAUCAAGAGAUUUCGAGGUUCAACGAUAACAGCCGAGAAGGUCAAUCACGACGAAGAUCGCCACGACGCAGCAGCAGCGGAGGAGGGCAGUAAUAGUCCAAACCAGGGACAACGCCAAGAGUCAGGUUCCAACCCUACCACCAGGGGUAAUUUUAAUGCAAGAGGCAGAGGCAACUUUGGUGAGAGAGGAGGCCGAGGAGGGGCCAGAGGCGGCAGAGGUGGCGGUGGCCACAAUCCAAACUGGUACAUUGACUACUACGACUCCCGCUCCAACGAGAACCCCUGGGAGCCACUCGAGAAGAAGAAUGGGUUGGAACCUGUGGGUACCUGGCUGGAAAGAAAGCCUUACCAGCCAAAGGCAGUUCCACAGCAGCAACAAGAACAACAAAGCCAAGAGCAUCCAGACCAGCAGCAAACUACCUAA